AUGGAAGCCGGUUUUGAACCUCGUCCUGAUACUUUGGCCCUCUUCUUCCCUCGAGUUACUCAGACCUUCGAGGGACAGAUGGACAUGGAGACACACUUGGCCUCGUGGGCCGACGGCGUCAGUGGAAGCGCAGAUCCUUUGAACGAUGCAAGCAGUAGCGUCCUAGGCAAUACAGGCUCGUCUGAUAAGGCUACAAGAGACGAAGGAGAUAGCAGUAGGGACAGUGAUAGCGAUAUAGACUCGCUCCCUCUCAAGUCCAGUGAAUUGCAGGUUACCACGCCUGCUGGCUGCCCACAUAUCGACACAAUGGUGCCCGGAGAAUAUGUUCUAAAGCUCAGCACCCGCUUCACACAUAACCUAUCCACCAUCCGCGAAGAAAGAGACCAGGCACUUCAGCGCUGGGAGCAAGUAAGAGAGACAAAUUCCAGCCUCACCAAAGCCCUACGAGCCGAAAAAGCAAAACGGUCCAAACUCGAAAACUCCUUCAAAUUCUAUCGGACAGCGGAAAUCGUGCGCAUCCCUGUUUGGCCUCCGCAUGAACCCCUAACUCCACCAUCAUCGGCUACUAAAUCAAGCGUCAACGGAGACUUCAUGGUAGAGGAAAGCCCCGUUCCCUUCCUCUACGACAAUCCGCUUUACCAGGGCUAUGAGCUAAACGUCAACAUUAUCAUUCUCCGUGUGAAAGCGCUGGUCGAAAAUAAAUUUCCGGGAAAUGCCAUUGCGCUCAUUGACGAAGCACUUGAGAAAGCCCAGAAACUCAAGUACGCCCCUCUCUCCGCAAGAUGCCUGUAUUGGAAAGGAAGAAUCUACCAUUUGCAAAAGCGACGACAGGAAGCGGCUAAAAUGUUCCUGGACGCAAUGCCUUGUAUUGGUAGGUAUCGGGAGGGCGAAGAUCUCAAGCGAUGGCUGAGAAAGUAUGAGGAUGAUAUUGACCAAUUAUCCGGCGGGCAGCCGCCCGAAGGAAACGUGACGACUUUCAGGAUUGUGAGGAGGAGGCCUCCUAGGAACGUAUGCGUUCCUGCUGCUGAAUUACCGCGGAGUCCCUAA